CUUCCUGUGUAUCGCCCAGUUGGCUUUGACUGCGACAUUCUCGGCUUUUAUUUUGCGGCAGCUUCAGAGCAAUCAAAAUUUCUAUUAGUAUUUUUAGAAAACACCUGUCCGUGCAGAGACCGAGAGCUUUAGUCCUUUACUCCUGAGAAGCCAUGGCCUCCGGUAUAGACCUGACCCGCGAGUGUCGGCACGUGUUCGAGCAGAUCCGGAAGCUGAAGCAGCACCGUUACGCUAUCCUCUCCAUUGAGGACGAGCGCCAGAUCAGGGUGGAGUGCUUGGGGGUGCGGGAGGCAGGCUACGAGGACUUCCUGGCCGAUUUGCUACGCCCUGGUCAAAAUCAAUGCCGGUUCGCCGUCUACGAUUAUGCGUAUCAUCACCAGUGCCAGGGUACCUCGUCCACCUGCCUCAAGGAAAAGCUCUUCCUGAUGCUGUGGUGUCCUUCGCAGGCUCGCAUCAAGGACAAGAUGCUCUACUCCAGCUCCUUCGCCGUCCUCAAGAGGGACUUCGUUGGUGUUCAGAAGUGCAUCCAGGCCACCGAACUGGACGAGGCCUGCCGAGAUGCUGUAGAGGAGCAGCUGCGCUCCCUGGACAGGGAUUAAAGGGUCAAAUGGAUCAAGGAGCAACAUACUUCACUCAUUUGUUAACGAAAAUUAAAAGUUUGUAAUUUAUAUUUUA